ACGACGGUGGUUCGCGAGGGCGAUACAUAUUUGGCGCGAUCUGCUCUCGUUUGUCGCGUCUCGCUUCGAUCGAGCCUCCCGCGUAUUCGCGCCCUUUGUCUCCGACCCUCCGUCGCCCACGGGGCUCGAGACUGAUCGUGAUUAACGCGACCGGGCGGCGACGCAAGGCGAACAAUCAGGCUUUCGACGAGGGACGAUCGCGGGGGAUGGACCGCUCCGGUGAUAAUUGAAUCCAACACCAGCCGACCGCGCGUUGGACCGAUGAGAUGCCGAUAAAUAUAGAUUCAUUGCAAACAAAUGGAUUAUCGAUGUGAUAAUUGACGACUGUUCUGACUGAUCAGUCGCACGUGCGGCGCUGUACAGUGCUCGCUGAAUUACCGCCCGCGAAAUCCGCGGUUUCCCCCUCCGUCGUCGCGUUAUCGAGACUUGAAUUUCGCGAAUUAGAACGUCGUUCUCCGACCGAUGACGCGUCACCGUGCGAACGUGAGGGAUCGAUCGAAGGAGUCCGCGUUUCUUUAACGGAUAGCUCGACGCUCAAGAAGAAUCUCGCACGAGCGUAGGAUCGGAGAGACUCGGUCCGAUGAGAUCGUUCGAGGGUUGAACCGAUUGCGUCGACGCGCAUCCGCUUUCGGGAUCCAUUCCGGUCGAGCUCGAUCGGAUGUAACGAAAGCUCCGGGCGGCGCGCAGGAAGCGCGUUAUCGCACUGCUACGGGUGCUCCUGUCAGUCGGCACGACGUAUUAUCGAAGGCAUGAUCGUGCUGAAGCAGAAAGCCUCGCUGCACUAUGGCCUACCGCCGCCACCGGCGCCCCAGCCGCCCUCGCCUUGGUCCAGCAUACUCUGGGGCGACGAUCGGCGGCCGCGCGGACGGGUCGCGUGCGGCGCGCGCGUCACGCAGCUGCGAGAAAAAGUCACCGCAAAAGAUUCGGGAGCGGGAGCACCGGCUGACGACGAGGACACUACGAGAAGCUGUAAGAGCCUGAGCGAAUGUUAUUUCGCGGGCAAGGGCGCAGCCCUGGUUUUGCCUCCGAACGAAAGGGCCCGGCCCUCCAGGCGAGUCUCAGCGGCAGGAUGCGACAUCCAGCAGCACUUGCAGUCCAUGUUCUACCUGUUGAGACCCGAGGAGACUCUGAAGAUGGCCGUGAAACUGGAGUCGGUGCAUCCAGGAAGGACGCGAUACCUCGUCGUCGUCUCGUGCACAGGAAGGCAGGACGCCGAGGAGAGCUGCCUUCUCGGUAUCGAUUGCCACGCCAGGGCGACCGUCGGUCUUGUGCUGCGAGUUUUGGCCGACACCGCUAUCACUCUCGACGGCGACGGGGGUUUCAAGGUCAGCGUUUGCGGCCGUCAACACAUCUUCAAGCCGGUGUCCGUUCAGGCCAUGUGGUCAGCCUUGCAGACGUUGCACAAGGUGUCCGGUAAGGCACGCGAGCAAAACUAUUUUCUAGGUGGACUGUCUCACGACUGGGUCAGCUACUAUGAGCAACGAAUCGAGAGCGAUCGGUCGUGCCUCAACGAGUGGCACGCCAUGGACAAUCUGGAGUCCAAGAGACCGCCGUCACCGGACAGCGUACGCACCAAGCCCAGGGAGAGAGAGGAGACCGAGCGCGUGAUCCGAUCUACGCUGAAGGAGAUCAUGAUGUCUGUGGACCUCGAUGAAGUUACUUCCAAGUACAUUAGAGGCAGACUUGAGGAGGAUCUCGACAUGGACCUCGGGGAAUUCAAGCCGUUUAUCGAUCAAGAGAUGCUCACCAUACUGGGGCAAAUGGAUGCGCCGACCGAGAUAUUCGAUCACGUCUAUCUCGGGAGCGAAUGGAACGCCAGCAAUUUAGAGGAACUGCAGAAAAAUGGCGUGAGGCACAUCUUGAACGUCACCCGGGAGAUCGACAACUUCUUCCCGGGCAUGUUCACGUACCUGAACGUGCGCGUGUACGACGACGAGAAAACGGACCUGCUGAAGCACUGGGACAACACCUUCAAGUACAUCACCAAGGCGAAGAAGGAGGGCUCCAAGGUGUUGGUGCACUGCAAGAUGGGCGUGUCCCGGUCGGCCUCGGUGGUGAUAGCUUACGCGAUGAAGGCUUACAACUGGGACUUCUCGCAGGCCUGGAAGCACGUUAAGGAGAAGCGGAACUGCAUCAAACCCAACAACAGUUUCCUCCUGCAGCUGGAGACGUACCAGGGUAUCCUCGACGCGAUGAAAAACAAGGAGAAGCUACAGAGGUCCAAGUCCGACACGAACCUGAAGUCCCCGACGUCCGUGAAGGACCAGUCGAAGAAGGAGGAGAAGUCGGACAACAUCGAGAACAAUCUGCGCGAGGUCUCCGGCUCGGAACUGAAGAAGAGCAGCCAAAGACCGAAGAGUUGGUCGCCGAACGUGAAGAUCGCUGAGAACAUGUUACCUUCCGUUCCUCUGUCGCAAUCAUUGGAGAGCAUCGACAAGGCGGGGAGCACGGAGGUGACACGGGAGGAGCUUCUUCGCGGCUCGAAUCAAAAGCCGGCGAUGGAGCAGGAGGCGCGCAACGUUCUGAUGCCCUGCGACAACGGGCAGUCCUACAGCGUGUCGCAGAACAAGAUAGUGCACCUGCCCGCCCCCUCUCCCGGCACACCUAGCGUAAAGAAUAGGAUUAGUAAGUUGGAAACUCAGGGACAGAAGAGGAAGGGCCUGGUACUCAACCUGACGAAUCAGUUCGAGGCGGCCAGUAGUAAGCCGUCGUCGCCGGGAUCCGACUCGGACGGCAGGCCGCCGCUGCCUCCGGAGGACAAGCCGGUCGAGAACGGCCACCCGUACUGCGAGCGGUCGCAGGAGGCGCGAGAGCCCGCGAGCACCGUCGAGCCGAGAGCGCCUUCCGAAGAGGAAGUUUGGGAUCCCGGCGAGGGUCCGAAGACGAGGCGGAACGAGACGAACGAGUCCACCGAGAUCGACGAUAAUAGUGAAUGUCUAGUCUGGACUGCGUCCACGGAUGCAACGUGUGCCGAUGAGUGUGGUGACAAUAAAACUAACGGAGGCGUGAGUGUGGAGAGUGAAUGUAUCGCGAGUGCGACGACGAGUGCGACCACGACGGCGAUCACGGCGUCGGUGGGGACGAGGGCGACGACGACGUGUCCCGAGGUCUCGGGGAACAGAGCGAGGAAGGAGGGCGAUCCGUUCAGCGCCCAGUUGGACAGGGUGUUCGACCGGGAGGAGAAACGGGGCGACCCCGUCAGCAGAGAGUCCCCGAGCCGGCAGAGUUCCUGGAGCAGUUACGACAGCGCGGUGGUGCUCGAUAACAACUCGGUGCACAGCUCGUGGGCGACCCUGCCGUCGAGGAACAGUUCCUGGGGCUCUUACGACAUGCGGCCGUCCGACCUGCUCGGUUCCAGCGGCCUGUUCCCCUACGACAAGGAGGAGAUCCCGUGGCACCCGGGUACGGUGAAGCGUACCAAGCAGAAGCUGGAGGAGGGCACGGGCGGGGUGAAACGCGUGUGCACGACGCAGAGCUCGGAUGAGAAGGGCGAGACGGAGCCGGCCCCGGUCGAGUCGUACAAUCCGGUGCUGCUGCAUCACAUGCCGUCGCCGACGCCGCGCAGGAGGGACUCGUCGCCCACUCAGGAACAUAAUCUUAAAGUAGAAGCGAGUAGAGACUCCCCGAGCCCGGUCGGCAGCAUCGACAUCUCCCUCACGUCCAUGCGCCAGAUCGGACGGCUGUCCACGAGCGCGCCCGCCCCGUCCUCCCUCUCCUCCGAGUCCGACCUGCCGUUGUCCCUGAGGUCCUGCCGAUCGGAGAGCGAGACGUCCAGUCCGUGCGUCGUCAACACUCCCCAGUGCCCGUCGGUCAAGCACCACAAGAUGGUCCUGGAGAACCUCUGCAACAAGUCCGUGUUCAACAAGCGCUGCCUGUCCGUCGACGACUCGCCGGAGGCGGAGUGCCCGCGCAGCACCUCCGGCAUAGUGAAGAAUCUGAAGAAGGAGUUCGAGGCGAAGUCGACCAAGCUGGAGAAGAGCCCGGAGGCCGCGUGCGAGGGCGAGACCGCGUCGUUGGCGGUGCGGCCCAAGAGGGACGUCAAGAUCAGGAGCCUGCCGUCGUCGCCGGUGAUCCCGCACAACGAGUCCAAGAUCCAGCCGUCGUCCAGCGUCGGCGAAACCAAAGACAAGCACGGCAGGAGGAGCGACGCGACCCCGUCGCAGGACAACGCGGAGGACCUCUCGGUGAGGGUGCUCGUGGGCAAGUACGAGGUGGCCAAGCCGGACUCCAGGAAGAAUUCCGACGUGCAGCUGCGCGCGCACAAGGACUGGGACUCGAUGGAGGUCCACCCGCCGGCCAAGUCGAAGAUCGCGCCGGAGUUCUCGAGGCGGUCCGCGCCGAUCAUGAUCAACAAUCACUCGUCGUCCCUGUUCACCGAGGCGCCCUCGGAGGCGCCCGGCAGGCCGCCGGUGCCCUCGCCCAGCGUCGUGGUGGCCAGCGUGGUGGCGAAGGCAGCUAGCAAGAAGCAACAGCAGCACGGCAGAACCCAUCCCCUCGCUAGGCUGCAGGUCAGGCCUAGGCACAGCAGUCCCGUCUACAACACCAUGUAGAGAGGAAGCGAACGACGCUCUCCCCGUCCCAACCCAUCCAGCCCCGCCUCCCCC